GCCAUGGGAAAUGAGGCCAGCUACCCAUCGGAGAUGUGCUCUCACUUUGACCAAGAUGAACUCAGACGUCUGGGCAAGAGAUUCAAGAAGAUAGACCUGGACAAGUCGGGCGCGCUGAGCGUGGAGGAGUUCCUGUCGCUGCCCCAGCUGAAGCAGAACCCGCUGGUGAAGCGAGUGGUGGAGAUCUUCGACGUGGAUGGCAACGGCGUGGUGGACUUCCGAGAGUUCAUCAUGGGAGCCUCCCAGUUCAGCGUGAAGGGGGCUGAGGAGGAGAAGCUGAGGUUUGCCUUCCGAAUCUAUGACAUGGACAACGACGGCUACAUUUCCAACGGCGAGCUCUUCCAGGUGCUGAAGAUGAUGGUGGGCGACAACCUCAAGGACUGGCAGCUGCAGCAGCUCGUGGACAAGACCAUCAUCGUCCUGGAUAAGGAUGGCGAUGGCAGAAUAUCUUUUGAGGAAUUCUGCAAUGUGGUUAGAGGCCUGGAGGUCCACAAGAAGUUGGUUGUGAUGGUGUGA